GAUCCAUUGCCUCCAGAUAAGAAGCAUGCGAAAAGCGUGAUCGGUUCGUGAGCCGUGAACGGCUUAUGUUUUGAUGUGAAAUAAAUCCAUCCAAGUGCAGAUCUCUAGUCUGUGAAGAAAAUUAGAAACGACACACGUUUAGCUUGGUUGAUAAUUGAUAAUAAUGAUGUCCGAGCCAGGGGCAUGUGGGAUUGCCGAUGCAAAGGCUUCAAUUCCGACACUGAUGGCAAAUGGUCUUCCCCCUGCUCAAGGGCUUUACCAGCCUGAAUUUGAAAAAGACGCUUGCGGUGUUGGCUUUGUUGUCAACAUCAGUGGAGAAAAGUCACACAAGGUACUACGCGAUGCUGAAAUGAUGUUGAUUAGGAUGAAUCAUCGAGGGGGUUGUGGAGCUGAUGAAAAUGUUGGAGAUGGUGCUGGUAUUCUAGCAGCCAUUCCUCAUGAUCUGUACAAAAAUGAACUUAAAUCGAAUUAUGGUUUAAACUUACCAGAUGUUGGCCAGUAUGCAACAGGUAUCAUCUUCAUGGAGCAGGAAACAGCAGAGCUAGCCCAACACCUGUUUGAAGAGCUUGCUAAUGAAUGCAAACUUAAGGUUCUCUGCUGGCGUCAGUUACCAUGCGAGGAGUCUAUGCUUGGAGAAGCUGCACAAAGGAACAAGCCUUUCAUACGUCAAGUUUUCAUUACAUCAGUGGACCUUCAAGAAGAUGUCUUCCGACGCCAGAUUUUUAUCCUGCGUAAAAGAUCUACACAUAAUAUUCCACAGCAAGGACCAACUUUCUAUAUCUGUACGUUAUCCUUAGAUACCAUUGUGUACAAGGGCCAACUGACCACAUCUCAGCUAUUUAAAUACUUUAAAGAUUUGUCCAACAAAGAUUUUGUGACACAUUUUGCCCUCGUCCACAACCGCUACUCGACUAAUACUUUCCCAAGUUGGAGCCGAGCUCACCCACACAGAUAUCUAGCCCACAAUGGUGAGAUCAACACCCUACGAGGUAAUGUGAACCUCAUGAAGGCCCGAGAGGGCGUAAUGAGCAGUUCCCUGUUUGGCGAUGAUCUAAAAGCGCUGUACCCUGUGGUUGAGGAUGGCUUGCCGGAUUCUGGCCAGUUUGACAACGUACUGGAGUUUCUCAUUAUGGCUGGGUGCCGAACACUUCCUGAGGCUGUAAUGACCAUGGUACCUGAAGCCUGGCAGCAAGAUGAAUUGAUGCCUAAGCAUAAAAAGGAUUUCUAUCGUUGGGCUUCGUUCUCUAUGGAACCCUGGGAUGGCCCAGCGUUGUUCACCUUCUCUGACGGACGUUAUGUGGGUGCCAUCUUGGAUCGUAAUGGCCUACGUCCAUCCCGUUAUUACCUUACCAAGUCUGGUGUUAUGUAUAUGAGUAGUGAGAUUGGUGUCAUUGAUAUUCCAAGUGAAGAGGUUUCCCAAAAGGGUCGAUUAAAACCUGGUCGUAUGCUAUUAGUUGAUACGUGCUUGGCAGAAUUUACUCAAGAUGAAGAGCUUAAGAAGACCAUAUCUGAAUCAAGACCAGUUGGGUCAUGGCUGCAAAAAGAGGUGAUCACUAUGGAGGACCUAUAUAAAGUCAAUAGCGUUAAGUUUGAGAAAAAUUCAAGUCUGUUGACGGGAUCUGUUACCACCGACCUGCGUCUUCCUCUGUUUGGUUACACUGUCGAGCAGAUUCACAUGCUAGUGGUCCCAAUGUUUACAAACAAAAAAGAACCGCUAGGCUCAAUGGGGAAUGAUGCUCCCCUUGCUUGUCUGUCUCAACGCAACCCUCUGGUGUUUGAAUAUUUCAAGCAACUCUUUGCCCAGGUCACCAAUCCACCCAUCGAUCCAAUUAGAGAGUCUAUUGUCAUGUCACUGGCUUGUGCAAUUGGACCAGAGGCUAACAUCCUAGAGCCUUGUUCCCUGCAAUGUAGAAGGCUGUACCUUGAAAUGCCAAUAAUCUCUCUCCAAGACCUCCACGUCCUCAAAUCAACGACACAUAAAGGAUGGAAGACCAAGACUAUUGACAUAACAUAUCCUGUGGCUGAUGGCUGUGAUGGAUUAGUGCCAGCCCUUGAUCGAAUCUGUAACAAUGCUUCAGAGGCCGUAGAUGAUGGGUACCCCUUGCUGGUGUUGUCUGAUAGAAAAGCUGGUAGAGACAGAGUUCAUGUCAGUUCUAUGUUGGCUCUAGGGGCUGUACAUCAUCACCUAAUCAAGACCAGACAACGUAUGAAAGUUGGUAUUAUCAUUGAAUCAGGUGAAACACGUGAAAUCCAUCAUAUGUGUUUGCUGUUAGGUUACGGGGCAGAUGCCAUAUGUCCAUACCUGCUCUACGAGGGUGUCAUGAUGCUGAGAAACGAGGGUCUACUCAAUCCUGCUCCCGCAGAUGAGCAAAUCUACAAACAGCUUUCUGCCGCUACUGUUUACGGAAUCCGAAAAGUGAUGGCAAAGAUGGGUAUUUCAACACUUCAGAGUUACAAGGGAGCCCAAAUCUUUGAGGCAGUCGGUCUUGGUCAGGAUGUCAUCGACAAGUGUUUUACUGGAUCUGCUUCAAGAAUUGGAGGUGUAACAUUUGAUAUUUUAGCUGAAGAGACACUCCAGAGGCAUGCAAUAGCCUACUCCGAUAGGGAAUGUGAUGGCGGUACUACCCUUGACCCUGGAAUCUACCAUUGGCGCCAAGGUGGUGAGAAGCAUAUAAAUGAUCCUGUUAGUAUUGCUAAUCUUCAGGAUGCUGUAAGAAAUAAAAACCAAACAGCUUACGACAAGUUUGUAGAAUCUCAGCAGGAAUCAAUUAAAGCAUGUACACUGCGAGGCCAGCUAGACAUUGUAGAAGCAGACGAACCGUUGGAUAUUUCAUUAGUAGAAGAAGCAUCGAGUAUUGUGAAGAGAUUUGCUACAGGAGCCAUGAGUUUUGGAAGUCUGUCGCUGGAAACUCACCAAGCACUAGCUGUUGCUAUGAAUAGAAUUGGUGGGAAGAGUAAUACCGGAGAAGGAGGAGAGACUGAGAACCGGUACAAGGAUAAGGAAAUCAGAUCAGCAAUUAAGCAGAUAGCAUCGGGGCGGUUUGGGGUGACCAGUGCUUACCUUGCAAACUCGGAUGACCUCCAGAUUAAGAUGGCGCAGGGGGCUAAGCCCGGCGAAGGCGGUGAGCUACCUUCUUAUAAGGUGACUGAAGAUAUUGCCAAAACUCGUCACUCAGUCCCUGGGGUAGGACUAAUCUCACCCCCUCCCCACCAUGACAUCUACUCCAUUGAGGACCUGGCUCAGGUGAUCUAUGAUCUCAAAUGUUCAAACCCUGAUGCCAGGAUCAGUGUUAAGCUUGUGUCUGAAGUUGGUGUUGGAAUCGUCGCUGCUGGUGUUGCCAAGGGUAAGGCCGAGCAUAUCACAAUCUCUGGUCAUGAUGGAGGCACUGGGGCAAGCACAUGGACUGGGAUUAAGCAUGCUGGCUUACCGUGGGAGCUAGGUCUAGCUGAAACCCACCAGACACUUGUAUUGAAUAACCUUCGCUCCAGGGUGGUCGUACAGACUGAUGGUCAGCUAAGAACAGGUCGUGAUGUCGUAAUUGGCGCUCUUCUUGGUGCCGACGAGUUUGCAUUUUCCACCGCUCCUCUCAUUGCUCUUGGUUGUACAAUGAUGCGGAAAUGUCAUCUAAACACAUGCCCUGUUGGCGUAGCAACGCAGGAUCCUGAGUUGCGAAAGAAGUUUAAAGGAGCCCCAGAACACGUCAUCAACUAUCUGUUUAUGGUUGCUGAGGACAUUCGGCAAUAUAUGGCUAAGAUGGGCUUCCAUUCGUUCCAAGAUAUGAUUGGUCGAACAGACAUGCUGAGGGUUUCUGCUGAUCCAAUCAACUCGAAGGCUAAACUUUUGAAUUUUGAUGCCAUUCUGAAAAAUGCUAAUGACAUGCGCCCAGGAGUGUCUAUUCUUGGUGGGUGUGUUGCGCAGGAGUUCAAAUUGAAAGAAAGAUUGGAUAAUGAGGUAAUCAAAGCAGCCCAAGAUGUGCUAGAUGGCAAGGCAAAUCAUCUGGAGAUGUCGUUAUCUAUCACCAACCAAGACAGGACCUUUGCAACAACCCUAAGCUAUUUUAUCUCCAAGAAGUAUGGUGAAAAGGGUUUACCUGAUAAUUCCAUUGACUUGAAGUUGAAGGGUCAAGCAGGUCAGAGCUUUUGCGCAUUUCUUGCAGCGGGUGUCAAUGUUGAGUUGGAAGGAGAUGCGAAUGACUAUGUUGGAAAAGGUUUGUCUGGUGGCCACAUAACUAUCUACCCGCCAAAAGACAUGAGCCCAGAUUUCAAGUCGGAAGACAACAUCCUCGUAGGAAAUGUUUGUUUGUAUGGAGCCACAAGUGGCACAGCUUAUUUCCGUGGAGUCGCAGCUGAACGAUUUUGUGUCAGAAACUCAGGAGCUACAGCUAUUUGUGAGGGAGUAGGUGACCAUGGUUGUGAGUAUAUGACAGGUGGUAGGGCCAUAAUCCUUGGCCAAACUGGUAGGAACUUUGCUGCUGGGAUGUCUGGUGGGAUAGCAUAUGUAUAUGACAAAGUUGAAUCUUUCCACAACAUGUGCAAUAAGGAUUCAGUAGCACUUGAGCCAAUUGUUAAGAGCGUUGAUAUUUCAUUCCUCCACAAACAAUUAAAGGCGUUUGCUGAACAGACAGGAAGCAAAGUUGCUAGUGAAAUACUAAACAAUUGGGAAAAUGCUCUAAAGUCAUUUGUGAAGGUGUUUCCUAACGAGUACAGACGAGCAUUGAAUGAACAGAAGCAGAAAGAACUGGAGCUUAACAAAAUCAAUAAGCUUUCCCAUGAUGUACCUAAUGGUGUCGUUGCCCUCAAUGAAGUCAUUCCACAUAGGAAAGAAUAUUCCAAUGUUUUGGAUAUUGAAGAGGCAAUACCAGAUGCCGAUAAAGAAUCAAAGAUAAUCGAGGGACUUCUUGACAAAAAGAAAGGGUUUGUGAAGUAUAAGAGAACAAAGUUAAGUUACCGCAGUGCAGAGCAGAGACUUCGUGACUGGAAUGAGAUAUACAGUCACAAGUCUGUAAAAAAAGGCAUCAAAAUGCAGGCUGCAAGAUGCAUGGAUUGUGGUGUCCCAUUCUGCCAGUCACAUACAGGCUGCCCUCUUGGUAAUAUCAUCCCAUCUUGGAAUGAACUUGUCUUCAAAGGUCAAUGGAAAGACGCCCUCAACAAGCUGUUGCUGACAAACAAUUUUCCAGAAUUCACUGGACGUGCAUGUCCAGCGCCUUGUGAGGGGGCUUGCGUGUUGUCCAUUCAUUCGCCAGCUGUGACCAUCAAAAGCAUUGAAUGCUCUAUCAUCGACCAUGCAUUCGAGCAGGGAUGGAUGGUUCCGCAACCACCACUCUACCGUACCGGCAAAAAGGUGGCUGUUGUAGGUAGCGGACCUUCUGGUCUAGCAGCAGCGGCACAGCUCAACAAAGCAGGGCAUCUUGUGACCGUCUAUGAACGUAAUGACCGUAUCGGUGGUCUGUUGAUGUAUGGUAUACCAACGAUGAAGCUCAGCAAAAAGGUUGUACAGAGGAGGGUGGAUUUAAUGGCAGCAGAGGGGGUGGUGUUCAAGACCAACACAACCAUUGGUGAAGACAUCUCCAGCCUGAAGCUAAUAGAAGAAAAUGAUGCAGUACUGCUCUGUAUCGGCUCAACAAGACCAAGAGAUUUGCCCAUCAAAGGGCGCCACCUAGAGGGCAUCCAUACAGCCAUGACUUUCCUUGAAAGCUGGCAGAAGAAACAGAUGGGAAACAAUAUUGAAUAUGUGGACGCCAAGGACAAAGAUGUUAUUGUGAUUGGAGGAGGAGAUACUGGAGUGGACUGCAUUGGAACAUCUCUAAGAUUGGAUGCCAAAUCCAUUACUACCUUUGAGAUUUUAGACCAGCCCCCAUCGACGAGAGCGCCGAACAACCCAUGGCCAACUUGGCCACGUGUUUUCAAAGUGGACUACGCUCACGAAGAAGUGAAAGUGAAACACAACAAAGAUCCUCGUAAUUUCAACAUUCUAAGUGAAGAAUUCCUUGAUGAUGGAAAUGGUAACGUGAGUGGAAUUAAAACAGUACGUGUAACAUGGAAACGUGAACCCACCGGCCGAUACACGAUGGAAAAAUGCGCAGGCUCAGAAAAGACUUUCAAAGCCGAUGUUGUCCUGCUCGCAAUGGGUUUCCUAGGACCGGAGAAUCGGGUCAUCAAUGAGUUAGAUCUGAACCAAGAUAUGAGGACAAACAUAGAAACACCAUCCGGCAAAUACAGAACAAGUGUAUCAAAGGUUUAUGCAGCUGGAGAUUGCCGUAGGGGGCAGUCUCUGAUUGUUCAUGCGAUCAACGAAGGACGGCAAGCAGCGAGAGAAGUUGAUAUGGAUUUGAUGGGAGCAACAUCUUUAGCGGGCCCUGGAGGGGUUGUUUAUACCCCUACUAGUAAAGUUGUACGACCAACAGAUAGACUCUACAAACCAUUGUUAGAGGGUAUAGCAUGAGCUGCUGCACGGUUUCGUGUUAUUAGUCACAAGAGGGCAGUGCCCCAGUUCUAAAAAUAGAAUCACCUUAUGAUGAAUUACGUGUCAUCGGUUGUAUUUUAAAUGUAUAAUGAUUUGUACACAAUGUUAUGUAAUAUACAGUGUACUUAUAUUGAAAAACACCAAAAUAUUUCAAAAUAUGUCCAAAAUUUUAUGGUAAAAUCACAAUUAUGUUAUAUAAUUGUAGGAGUAGAUUUAUGAUUUUUCCAUGGAUUUUAAGCACUUAUCUACUGAAAUAGAGAAAAAAUUUUGAGUGCUCAUAGUGAACUGUUCCCUGGUAUAGAAUAAAAUGUAAAAUGUAUAAAAAAUUUUAUCAAUGCAUAUGUGUCAGCAGAAUAUAACCAGUAUGGUUAUGUAGUAACAAUAAUAUAUUAAAUCAAUAUUGCAGUGUUUUUUAACAUUUUAAAAUCAUUUAAAAGUCACCCAUAACAGGAUUGAAUACAGUAAAUAAUACAUUAUUAUAUCAUAUUCUAUAAUCAAAAACAAAUGAUAGUAAUAAUAAUGUUCUCAAUAUAAGUUUUUGUAAACAAGAUUUUUCUGGUAAGUAAAAUGUGGAAAUAUAAAACAUUUUAAACAUAUUGAAAGAGUGAAUUACCGCCUGUCGUCCGAAGCCAUGACGAGGUCGUCAGACCAAAAAUCUUAAUUUGCCCAUCCAAACAUUAUUUUGAUUGCCAAUCCAUAAUAUUGUGGUCUAAAAGCACAAUUUCGGGCCAUACUAAGCCAUAAAAACUCUCCCCAUGAACCCUAGAGUAAUUUUUAUUCCGGGACCCUGAUCGAGUUUCGUCGGCCCCUUGGUUCUGACCAAGCUUUCUUAUAUGUCGGACCCCUUGUCGGCAAAUUCCUGGAGCCACCACUGGUAGGGAGUCAAAUAUAAAGUAAAUCAGGAGUCAAAAAAGCAACGAUUGUGCAUAUCAUCUUUGUUUCAGAAAAAAAUAUAUAUCUUUCAUUGUGGACAUGUCUGUAUGUUCCAUUAAGGACGUGUUUUUGUGUUCUAGUAAUUGCAUGCUGUUGUCUAUACCAGGUCCUGUGGGAGUACAAUAAUCUACUGAACAGGAUUCCCAGUAUAACGAAUAAAUAAUUGAAUAUGUUUAAUAAUAUAUGUCUUUCAUUUAACUAUUGAAGUCUAUCAGUCAAUAUGAAACAAAUUUUUUUUUUUUAAAUGUUAAAUCUACACACAUAUACUUUAAGAUUGUUAAUGUUAGCUAAGUUAUAUUUUUUGCUAGUGUUUCAUAAUUUUAUAGUAUUUUUCGGUGAGGAGGGUUGGGGAGGGGGGAAGUUCUCUUUUGGUGAGGAGGAGAGGGAAGGUUAGCUGUAGCACAUUCUGUCGAUAACGGUGGUUUGUUUCCCUUUUGCUGGCCCCUGGCAUUGUCUAGACUUUUGCCAGUGAUUUCAUUUUUCGUAGCUGAUCUUGCCGAAGUUAAUUAAAUAGAACACUUUUAAAUAUAACACAUGCCGGUUUUAUAUUAUACAGGUAUUGUAAAUGAAUAUUAAUCCAAAAUAAAAUAAAUUGUAUGUACAAGAUA